GACUGGCAGGUCGGUGAUGCCCGCCUCUUCCGUCGCCCGGGCCUGACCUUCCUGCCGCCGCGCGCCCGGGAACUCGGUCGUUACCGGCUUUGGCGCUUCGUCCCGACGCCCCGCACUCCCACGACAUCAUGGUGGCAUACUGGCGCCAGGCCGGACUCAGCUACAUCCGGUACUCCCAGAUCUGCGCCAAGGCAGUGAGAGACGCUCUGAAGACAGAAUUCAGAGCCAACGCAGAGAAGACUUCGGGCAGCAGCGUCAAAAUCGUCAAAGUGAAAAAGGAGUGAGCCACCCUGACUGAAGCUCCUUUGCAACAUUUGCAUGGUGAAGAUGUUUGGGUGUGUGUUGCUGGCCAUUGAGACCCGUCUCAUUCUCCAAUCAGGAAUGCCAAUAAACUGAAGCAUGGUUCCCUGUCA